ACAGCUGGGCUGCUGCUGCUGUAAAUCAGGAGCAAAACUAAGGGAUGGUGAUGGGUAAGAGUUAUGGCAGGGCCGUGGUGGUGCCUGGUGAGAGGGAGAGAGCAGCUUAAAACAAGGUGCUCAGACUUCCUGCAGGAUAGAGAGAUGGGGGACACGAAGCCUGCAGCGCGGUGGCGACAGCAGGGAAGGAGCACAGCCAAUACCUGUGGGGCAAAUCCUUCUCCAAAGGCUGGGAACCCCCAUCUCCCGAGCCUGGCAUGGAGCAGCUGGGAGCUGGCAGCUGUAAUCACUGCUGGCCUCCUCCUGCUCUACAUCCCACUGUGCUAUGAGGAUUUCCAUUUCCAUGUGGCUCAUGUGUAUGCUCACCUGGGGUACCCCAAUGCCCAGCACAUCCUGGGACAGAGGUAUUUGCAAGGAGCUGGAGUGGAAAAAAAUGAGGACAUGGCUAUGCACUGGUUCAGGCAGGCUGCGGGGCAGGGCCAUCCCCACUCCUCCUUCAACCUGGCGGUGAGGAUACUCAGAAACACGACUGUGCCACUUGGAGAAGGGAAAGUGGAGAAACUCCUCAGAGUGGCAGCAGCGCAUGGGCUCCUAGAAGCUCAGCAACUUUUGGAAAACAUGUUCAAGAGCAGCAACCUUCCCUGAGUGACUGCUGCAACACCGAUGCUCGUCCAACCUUACCUUUUUCUGCACUCAGCAAUCCCACUUUCUCCUUUCUAAGUGUCUAGUCUUCAGUAAUUGGAAUCAUUCACUGGACAUGACAUUUGCUUUGUGCUGCAUCUCCAUGGUCAGGUCUACAGCAGUCAUGUGCUGCUGCUCCUUCUCCAUUUGCUUCCUGGCAUGUCACUUCUGAAGACAACUGGAAAGAUGAGGUAGAGAAGAUCAAAAGCCUUCAAGGUUAUACUGAUGAUGAAUAUUUUUGAACAAACUCCCAUUGCUGUUGCACCAGCUCAUCUGCUAAUGCUAAGUUAGAUCCAAAUAUUGAUCUGGGCUUGGUGCAGUGUUGCUUGCAUGUUUGUGCCACCUUUCAUGCUCUGCUUAGGCAUUGCCAUAACUGAUCACGACUAAGACUUCAUCACUGUAAAUCAGCAUGACAUGCAUGCGUGAUCCAUUCGUACUGGAAAUGACAGUGAUUUAAUAGAAAAUAUAAAUGAUGUUCUCACUUAAGAGCUAUUGUCCCUUACCAACAUGACCAUUGUCAUACCAGUUCUGGUGAAAAGUAAUUCGAUUUGAUGGAAACUGCCUUGAUUUCCAGGGUGGUCUCAGUUUAAAACCACAGCGAGCAAUUUCAUUUAAUGGGAAGUGCACUCAGUAAGCAAAGACCCGCAGAGUUUUACUGGCAAUAAAAUUGUUUUCCUGGG